GUAUCCCGAAAGUAAUCGAAUGUUUAUGUAGACACGAUUUACUUCGAGGAUAAAUAAUUUUGUUAUUUACAGUUUAUUUAAAAUUAUUUUAAAUAUUUAUUUACGCGUAACAUUAAUUAGUGAAUGAGUUACCGUUCAAUAAACAAAUACAUUUUUUUUUUAGUGUGUUAAUUAAUAAUUAGUGUAAUCAUGAAGACUUUAAUCGACUUCGACGAAUGUCUUCGAGAUACUCCAAAAUUUCGAUCGUGUAUUGAAAACGUCGAAGGAAAUAUAGAUCAGUUGGAGCAAAAAUUAGAUAAGGUAUUAAAAUAUUGUAAUUUAAUGAUUGAUGCUGGGAAAACAUUCGUCGGACAACAGAACCAAUUUACCAACAGUCUAUGGGAAUUAUCACAGUACUUCAGCGAUGAUGAAAAAGUAAUGAGUUUUCUGAAUAAACUAAUCCACGCAUUGCAAGAAAUGAACAAAUUCCACUCAAUUCUGUUGGACCAGGCAUCGAGGACAGUCGUCAGAGACCUGAGCGCUUUCAUAAAAAGUGACGUCAAAAAAGCCAAAGAAUCUCGUCAUUACUUCGAAAAAAUAUCAAACGAUCUUGACAUCGCACUGAACCGUAACUCCCAAGUGCCUAAAACACGACCCGCAGAAUACGAAGAAGUGUCAAAUAUUUUAUCAGCAACGCGGUCGUGUUUCCGUCACACGUCACUAGAUUACGUCCACGCACUGACGAUGUUACAAGCGCGUCGCCGUCACGAAAUUCUCGGGUCACUACUGAGUUACAUGCACGCAUGCUUCACUUAUUAUCACCAAGGCUCCGAUUUAGCUCAAGAUCUCGACUCAUUUCUCAAGGAACUGAGCGACGACCUGGUGGUAAUGCGCCUGGAGUCUACGAAACUCGAAAAAGAGAUGGAAAAUCGUCACGUUUACGUCACAAGUCGGGAUUUGAUACCUUCAGCAACGGAUAAUAAUAAACGAAUGGAAGGUUAUUUAUUUAAGCGAACAAGUAAUGCCUUCAAAACAUGGAACCGCCGGUGGUUCUGCUUAAAAGAUCACCAGCUGGUCUACAAAAAACGUACCGGUGACGACGACUACACCGUCAUGGAAGACGACCUGCGUCUUUGCACCGUGAAAUCAAUCGUCGACUGCGAUCGCCGCAACUGUUUUGAAGUUUUGAGUCCAACAAAAAGUCAUAUCCUGCAGGCUGACAGCGAGGAAAUGUACCUGGCCUGGGUCACGUCAAUGCAGCAAGCGAUCGGUGCUGCCAUUCAACGCGGCACCAGUUCCUACACUCUGAAAAAUAUCAACAAAUCCACGGAAUUCAAACGCAACAAUUUGCGCGGGCCCGUGAGACCGCCAGCGAAACCGCGGACCCGCGUAUGGGAGCAGUUGCUAAAGAUACCAGGCAACGAUUCCUGUUGCGACUGCGGUAACCCGGAUCCCAAGUGGGCGAGUAUCAAUCUGGGGAUUACUCUUUGCAUUGAAUGCUCCGGGAUCCAUCGCAGCCUUGGUGUCCACUACAGCAAAGUCCGGUCGCUUACUUUGGACGACUGGGAGCCGGAAAUACUAAAAGUCAUGGCCGAGUUAGGCAACAAUGUUGUCAAUAAUGUCUACGAAGCUGUGAAACCUUCCGGCGAUAUCACGAAAGCGACACCCAAGUGCAUCAACAGCAUCCGCGAAGCCUGGAUCAAAGCUAAGUACGUUGACAGAAAGUUUGUCAAGCCGUUUAAUAAUAAUUUGAUAAUUUCCACUGGCGAUCAGCAGCAGCACAGUCGGGAUAUCAUGAGAUUCCGCAAGUGGAGCGUAAGGAAAUUGAGGCGGAGACCCAGAAGUCAUCACAAGAUUGAUGGGAAAAAUAAAAUUUUGAAUAGGGAAGGGAUCAAUGAGGUGGUGGAUGAAAGCAUCGCUGAUUGUGUCACUGGUACGUCUGCUGAAGUAAUGAGCGAGUCGGAGGCGAGCUCGAUAAGUUCGGAUACGGGGACUGUUGAGUUGAAAAACACGUCGACUUUGUAUGGGAAAAUACUGACGAGUAUCCAGCAGCCUGACGAUGACAGGGAUAGUGCGGAGGUGAAGGAUAAAAUUUUCGAAGAUAAAAUUUGUGGAGAGGAUGAGAAAGACAGAGUGGAGAUGGUAACAGAUGACAAGGAGCUGGAGAUUAAGGACGAGGUCAAGGAUGAGUCGGACAUACUGAUGUUUGGUUGCGAUUUGCCUAAACCUUUUAUUGAAAGCAAUCUGGAGCUGAGUUCCGACCAGGAUUCCACGGCUGGGGAGGAAGAGGAGUUUGCUGAUGAAGAAGAUAUUGAGAAUUUGCAUGCUGACAUGCUGCUGUACAAGGCUGCAGCUGCGCACAAUUUGCCGGUCAUGUGCACGGCGUUGGCUGCCGGGGCUGACAAAAUGUGGUGCAAUGUCAAUGAUCGAGGAAGGACUGCGUUACACCAGGCGAUUAUUAGUGGAUCUGUCAUGUCAUGUGAGUAUCUUAUUUUAAACGGAGCCAAGAUAAAUUGUCAGGAUGCUGAGGGUAAAACGCCGCUUUAUUUAGCCACUGAACUAGGUCAUACAGCUCAGGUGUGCUUAUUAUUAAAACACCGAGCGGAUCAACAUAUCGAAGAUGAAAGUGGAGUAAAACCAUUGUCAAUUGCUGUGAAAGAAGCUAAUGCGGAUAUCGUAACUUUAUUGCGACUAGGAUUGUUAAAUGAAGAGAUGAAAGACUCGGAAAUCGGUAUUACUGGUGACGAAACAUUCAAUGAUGUCGUUCGUGAUUUCAGUCAGUUGGCUUGCUCUCAUCCCGAACGUCUGCAUCGACGUAAUGAAUCGACGAAUGUUCAAAACACACCUGAAUAAUCGUGUACUAUUAUUAUUAUUUUUUAAUUUACUCAUUCCAUGUACUUCCAGCUUUAGUUGUUUAAUUUAUUUAAACAAAAAACAAUUAAGUACAAUAACAAGCUUUAUAUUGAAUACAAUGGAAGCUCUCUAACUUUGACAGGGGCUAGAAAUUACGAAAUCAAAAUUAUAUAAUACGCGGCAGUAGACUUCUUAUUUUUUUGUAAGAAAGGGGGGGAGUUGGUGGAUGUAAAAGUUACAGAUUCCACUGUAAUGUAAAAAAGUAUAAUUAUUUAUUUUAAUAUCAACUUUUUUAUAUUAUUAUAUAUAAAUAUUACAAGUGUGUGAAUCGAAUAAUUCGAAACUUUUUCAAUUACUGGAUUCGAUUGUGAAAAUUUCGAUCAGCUUUCAAAUUUUCAAAUUUUAUUUAAUCCCAAAUAGCGGACUUGGCUUCAUUACAUCAGUAAGAUGUCAAUUUUGAUGCUGGGUUUUGGCCUAUUAACAGAACACCAAAAUGAUGACAAGUCAGUAAAUCUCAUGAAAAAAUCUGCUUAAAAAACUUGACACAAGUGACGACAAAAAGUAAAUUAAAAAUAAACGUCAAAUAAGUCAUCAAAUUCCUGUGACUCCUCAGACCAACAUCUGAAGGUCAUAUUUACAUAAAAGAACUUGGCGUUAAUACCGAAAAAAAUUUGUUUUGUACUUUUGAAAGACAUAUUUGAAUCGUUUAUUUGAGAAAUCCCAUAAGUCAAGAAAACAAAAUUUUUCAGGAAACACAAAAAACAUUUUUUUGGAAAAACUUGACAUUAAAAUAAUAAAUAAAUAAUUUAAUACAAUAAUGUUAGCGUCUCUGAAAAGAUUCCAACAAGAAAAAUUUAAUUUUUUAACUGAAACUACUUAAAAAAAUUAUUUAAAGUUGAUUGACUUAUGGGGUUUCUCAACCAAACGGAAAAAAAAGUUAUAAAAUCAUUGUUUUUUUAAAUGUUUCCACUCGAAUCAUUUAUUACACUGAUAAAAUGAAGUAUUAAAUAUGUAUAUGAACUCUGAAACUCAUAAAUUACAAAAAAUUAUAAUUAAUUUAAACAUUUUAAUUAGUCAUAUAACAGUCAACAAUAAAACAAAAUUUGAAAUUAAUUUCCCAAAAAAGCGCGAAUUUUAAAUAAAAAAAAAAAAAUUAUUUCUGUAAAACUAAAACUGCAUAUGUUUAUUUGAGUCAUUGACUUAUAGGGUUUCUCAAUUAAAUAAAAUUGCUGUCACCCCGUUAAUUUUUUUUUAAACGCUGAUUUGAUGCAUAUUUUGAUUGAUUUCUAUGGCGGGACAUCCAAAGAACCCAAAAAUGCAAAAAACCCAAUUUUGUAAAAAACAUGACUUAUGGGGUUUCUCAAAUAAACGAUUCAUUUGUUGUCUCUGUGUUACUUAGGAUUCAAAGCUUAGUUUUUAAAGUAAACAAAUUUUUUUUUUUUUGUAAAUUCAAGUCCGAGCUCUUUUUACUUCUGACCAAAAUUUGAAUUAUGGGAAAAAAAUGUUAAGUCGUUUAAAAAAAAUUUUUGAAUUAUUCGUGAACUUUCAAAUUAUUCGGAGUUUCGAAUUUUUUGCACACUCAUAAUAAAUAUAUAUACAUAUACACACACACACACAUAUAUAUAUAUAUAUAUAUUAAUGUAUAUAUAGUUUAAUCAAUUUUUAAUAUUGCGCGAUUGAUUUAUUUUGAUAAAUAAUUAUUAUAAUUUUAAUUAAAAAAAUUUUGUAGUGUUUAUUUUU